AAAUCCUAUUAUGAUAGAUAUAUAAAGACAUAACAAGCUUACCUUCUGUUCAUUCAGUAGACACUCUUAAUUCUUGAUUAGUAACUUUAAAUUGGGUGAGUUUUUAGAUUUCUGUGAGCUGGUAAUACGUAAGUUUAAGUUAGAUAAAAGAGACCAGUUCAAUGAAGAUACACUUUACUGAUUUUAAAUCAAUACAGGAAAGUCUAAAUUAACUUUACAUUAACUGUAACACCUCUGUGAAAUCGAGCCAGCGUUUAAAGUCAAUCACAUUUAUCGAGUUUACAUAAAGUUCCAUGAAACAACAACAAAACAAAAUAAAUAACUGCAAACAGUAUUAAAAAUGUCAUACAGUUCAGAGUGUUUUCUAGUUGCACUUUUGUUCACGCUCUCCCCGUGUCAAUCUCGUCCAGGACUCGCCUUCAACACAUCUUCCAAAGAUUUACAACUCUAUCUAGAUAACGAGCUUGAAUACCUUUUACCUGUGAGGUAUGGCAUGAGACGUAUUGAUAUAGAUACUUGGAACAUGAUGUAUGAGAACAAGUUCAAUUCACCAGCCCGUCAUGGGACGAUCAGUGUCAAACCUUCUAGUAAGCCGUCUUCUGAUACCAAGAAGCAGAGCCAUCACCAGAGUGACAUCGAUAAAGAAGAUUUAGUGACACCUGCACACAAUAGCACUUUGAAAAAGAUAACUUCACUAAUUGACGUGGAUUCUAAGAGAUCUAAUACGUGCACGUUUCCUAAUGGACUUCAAACGUUUGUAGCAAAACUCAAUCCUCAUAUUGAUGUCAGUGACAAGUUCAUCUACAGAGACAUUGCGUCUCUUCCACCAAAUAUACCUGAAGAAUGUGUCAAUAGGAAGCCGUUACCCAGACACUUGAUGGAACAAUGUUACUCAAUUAUCACCUAUACAGAUCUUGGUUCUAGCUAUUUCCCCAGAUAUCUACGAAACAUGGUUUGCAUGCCGGGAGCCCCAAGUUAUUGUCACAAAAGGACCCAAAAUGUCAGAGUGUACUACAUGAUCAGCUGUGAGAACCGGAGUCCAAAUCUGAUCAAAGUUUCAAGACGUGUACAUACUGGCUGCAAGUGUAACAAGAAAAACUAAAUAUACUUACUCCUUAACUAUACCUAAUAGAGUAUCACUACAUAUUGCUAUUAGACUAUUACUUACAUAUUCUAAUACAAUCUUACACGUUUGUAAACCUUUUCAACAAAACUUUAGAAUUCUAUCAACUAUAAGCAAAUAAUAUAUAUAUAUUUUAAAAAAAAGCAGAGCAAGAAAGAUAAAGAUAAGAAAGUGAUACGCAGAAAAUAGGGAGGAUGUAGGGCAGUGGUUCUCUAAAUAUUUUUGAUCCGGGUACCCCUUGAUAUAGUGAAGACUUACCCACGGACCACUUAAUGAAAAAAAACUACAUCAAUGGAUAGUGAAUACGUUAGAAAGGUAAACAAAACGUUGAUUGAAAUGAUCAAUUUGGUUUAAAAUAUACAUUUAAAAAAAUGACUUGGAUGAGUUUAAUAUGAUUUUCUGAAAGUAGUUAAGAUUAGCUCAAUAUUUGUAAAGUAGUAACUGAAAAUCUCCAAGAGCUACAAUUCCUAGUCGAUUUCUUGUAUUGUGAUGAGGCAAAUAACGGCCUUGAUUCCACGUUAUACCAAAACACCAGAAAGGUGUUGGGAAAGCAGUCAACGAUUUCUGCUCAAAAAUUCACUAAUGCAGCAUUUGUCUUAUCAUUGUUGGAUUAUUAGUUUAUGUUACUCAUUGAUACUAUUUCAUUAGGCUGCUCCAGCAUUAGUAUGUGAUUGGCAUCUGAAUUUGUUCACGCGCAAAAUGUUCAAAAUCCAGUCGGGAAUAUCCAAGUGAAGAAUGUCUUCAAAUCUUUGGCCUAGGUCGUCAUAGAAUAGUUCGUAAAAAAUAUAGGAAAAAGUAGAGAGUGGCGAAUUAUCUUAUCAGAUCCGACAAACUGACUUUUAGCGAAGAAGCUAUUUUAAUUGGAUAGAAUUUUUCUUUCUUUCUGAGGACUCUACAGUCGUCUCUACCACCCCUGGGGCUCAGCAUACAACAGUUUGAGAAUCUCUGAUGAAAGAAAAACGAAGAUAAUUUAAAAAUAAAAUAAAAUGUAAAAAAACAACAACAACGUGCAGGACGAUAUACUACAGGAGACUUCAGUCAAUAACUUGGUGCUCCAAGCUGAAGAGCUUAGUCAUUAAGUUCAUACAGUGCUUAACAAAUGAACAGCUUAUCAACACGUCCUUGCUCUUCACAACAGCUACACCAAAGGCUCCAUUUAUGAAAAGCCGCCCAUACUUUCAUCAGUUUCUAUUGUCGCAUACAUAAAAUACUUUUUUCCCCUUGGUAACUGACUGUUUCGAUAGUGCAUUCAUGGACCAUGAACAUAGGAUUCCAGAUAGUAUUCUAAGCAAUGCGAUUAUAAGACCGUAAUUUGAAAUCUUAAGUUGAUAAAUAAUAAUAAGGCUUGUCUUCGAGUCCGAAGAUUAGUGAGGAAUGCAGUAUUUCCCGUGGCUGCGCAGCCCCAGCUGUGACCUACAUAUUUUGCCACAUACUGGGCAAGCAUAACCAUUGUCCGCAAGUGGUCGAUUUAGAUUUUCUUUUCGCCGUCUGCGUUUGUCCUCGGCAGCGGAUUUUCUUUUGGUCUGAAAUGUGUAUCCCGCGGCCUUUGUGAGUGACCUCUAGCCUAAGCUGGUCUUUGAAGCGUUUCUGUGGGGCGCCUCUGUUACGUCGACCAACUGUUGCUCAUCAAAAAAGACUGCCUUUGUCAUACGUUCGUCUCCCAUACGGGAAACAUGCCCUGCCCAGCGUAACUGUCGGACCAUAAGAAGUCCCUCUAUACUGCCCAUACCGGCGUACGCAAGGACAUCGCUGUUUGUAGUGCGGUCUUGCCACCGUAUGUCCAUGAUGGAGCGCAAGCAUCUUUGGUGAAAGCGCUCAAGUAGUCUUAGUUGUUUUCUGUAUAGUGUCCAUGUCUCAGAUCCAUAUAAAAGGGUUGAGAGAACCACCGCUUGGUAGUAUUUGAUUUAUGUAGGCAAGCGGAGAGAUUUAUUACGCCAUACUCUCGCCUGAAGGCGUCCAGAACAACUACUGGCCCUGGCCAGACGGUUUACAACUUCCCUUGAAAAUGAGGCGUCAUUUGAAACUAUACUACCCAGAUAUGUGAAGUGGUCUACCACGUUAAUUGGCUGUCCGUUUACGGCGAUCUUUGGGGCUGAGUAGGUUUUAUUGGGUGACUUCUGCAACAUGACUUCUGUUUUCUCGAGGUUUAUAGAUAAACCGAAAGAGGCGGCAGCAUAUGCAAAUUUGUUGACCGCGUUCAGCAGGGCGCAAUCAUCGGCAUAGAGAAGGAAUGUGUUCAAUCUUCGACGUCUACUAUCCCAUCCAAAAACAAAGGAGAUGGUCAGUUGAUAAAUAAGUAUAUCAAUACUAUGCAUUUGUAUAUGCAUGAGCAUAUAUCUGGACCUCAAGGGUUGUUUCAAAUGACGUGAAUUGAAGUUUAAAAUUGGGUUAAAGAGAUGGGGAAUACUACAAGUAUUAUUGGUAUUUCAGGAGGCUUUGUAACAGUAACGUUCGAUGCUUGACUCUGGUUUUAAAAAGAUAUUUAGAUGGAAAAUGGAUUGCUGGUUGUAAGGUAAGCGCGCAGGACAGUCCUGCGGUCAUCUAGAUGGUCCCUGGUUCAUAACUCACCGCUGUCAUCCUCCAUCCUUUUGGCCAUUAUAACUGAUUAAUUAAACAAUAAAUUGAGUGAGGGAACAAAUAAUUUAAUACAUGAAAAAUUUAAAUUUACAUCUUUCAUUUUAGCGUCGCCCGAAAUGGGAAAAUCGGUAUUAGUUUUGUGUGGCCUAUCUGUCCGUCUGUCCGUCCCUUUUAGAUCCCAGAAACU